GAGAUCUCAGCAUCUCACGCUUCACCAAGUAGGUCACUCUUUCCAGAUCUCGUAUUUACUCCUCCGGUAUUUGAAACACUGCUGAACUGGAGAAGCACCGCCAAACUGGAGAAAAACCACCGAAUUGGAAAAUCAUCGUUGGGGCGCCGACCAGCAGAAGCACCAUGUUCCACCGAUGAACACCAUCGACCUCGACGACUCCAUCUAAUCAUACUAAUGAGUGGUUAGAAAGGAGCGGAAGACUGGAAGCUGCAUCGUCGUCGUCAGGUAAACUUCGGCCUCGCCCGAAGCUCCGUUAUCUCCGUCCUACGCAUUGACUGGUCAGAAAUCUGACCACCACUCCAAGGCUCUGUCACAGACAUUGGUCUCCGCCAGGAUGACCAUCACCACCGCCAGAAUCAAAGUAAUCAAUUAGAUGCUUGCCAUGCUCAACCCUUGCAAUUCCCUAAUGAAUUACCGACUUGCCUUCAUUUGUUGUCUUUGGUAUCUAUAUUACGCAAGUCCGCAUAAUUUGAUUCUAGAUUUGGCGUUGCAUAUUUGAUUUACCAGAGAUCAGGAGGUGUUUCCCAAAAUUUUCGAUUCCUUUCUAUAUGCUCGAUGGCACAGGAAUUAGGGUUCAAAGUGGGUCAAUGACAGUUUGAUUUGAGAAGACAGCAGAAAUGCUAUAUGCUGAAAGAGUCUACGGGUAUGACGCGUGCCUUCGCUCGUAUGCACUGGUGGGUGGAUUGAGCAUUUGAAGUUUUGAAUGCAUGAGUAAUUGAUUCCCGGGCAAGGCGGCUGGCUUGGGAUUCAUUUAUUUUAUUAGCGAGGAUCUGAUCAACUGCCAAUGGCUGCGUCAGGGAACGCUUCACCGCCGCAACCCCAUUUUCUCAAUGGGCUUCAGCCGGAACAGUCUUCACCUCCAGAUGGCGUUAUGGAUAAAUUUAGACUAUAUGAAACUCGCGCGAAUUUUUACCUAAUAGGGAGGAAUAAGAGUAGAACAUACUGGCGAGUUUUGAAAAUUGACGGGAUGGAGCCUUCUGAGCUUAACGUCCGUGAAGAUUCAACGACUUACACAGCAAGUGAGUGCUCUGAUUUGUUGAAGAGAAUACAUGAAGGAAACAGAUCCACGGGGGGAUUGAAGCUUGUCACCACGUGUUAUGGAAUUGUUGGUUUUAUAAAGUUUUUGGGUCCUUAUUAUAUGGUGCUUAUUACCAAGAGGAAGCAGAUCGGUGACAUCUGUGGUCAUACCAUAUAUGCAAUCUCUAAGAGUGAGAUAAUCCCACUUCUAAGUUCUUCUGUUCAGUCAAAGAUGGCUAAUUAUAAAAGUGAAUGCAGAUAUAAGAAGCUCAUGUGUAUGGUGGAUCUUACAAAGGACUUCUUCUUCAGCUAUUCAUACCACAUAAUGAGGAGUCUACAAAAAAACAUGUGUGAUAAUGAGACAGGGCAAGUCCCUUAUGAUACCAUGUUUGUCUGGAAUGAGUUUUUGACCCGUGGAAUACGGAAUAUCAUAUGUAAUACUUUCUGGACAGUGGCACUGGUCUAUGGAUUUUUCAAGCAGUCUAGCAUUUCGAUAUCUGGGCGGUACUUCAAAUUGGCACUUAUUGCGAGGCGUUCCCGCCAUUAUGCUGGCAUGAGAUAUUUGAAACGAGGAGUGAAUGAAAAGGGAAGGGUAGCCAAUGAUGUCGAAACAGAACAAAUUGUAGUUGAGGAUGCUGUGGAAGGGUUUCCAAUGCAAAUUAGCUCUGUUGUCCAAAACCGUGGGUCAAUUCCUCUCUUCUGGUCACAGGAAACUUCACGUCUAAAUAUUAAGCCUGAUAUAACACUGUCAAAGAGGGAUCAAACUUACAAAGCAACCAGACUGCACUUUGAGAACCUUUCCAAGAGAUAUGGAAACCCCAUAAUUAUAUUGAAUCUAAUAAAGACGCAUGAAAAAAAACCUCGGGAAUCUGUUCUUCGUACCGAGUUUGCUAAUGCUAUAGAAUCCAUCAACAAUGAUUUAUCAGAAGAACAUCGCCUUAAGUUCCUUCACUGGGAUUUGCACAAGCACUAACGGGGCAAAGCAACAAAUGUCCUGUUUUUCCUUGGGAAAGUGGCUACUUAUGCAUUGACUUUGACUGGCUUCUUCUACUGCAAUGCCGCACCAUCCUUGAAAUCUGAAGCAUCUCCAUGGCAGCCCCAUCUUGAGAGUGUUGAUGCAAGCUGUAUGGUUCAACAAGGACAUUUUAAUACUGAUAUUGAGAAACUUGGUGAUGAUGAGAAUGGCAACUCAGAUAAAGCUGAUGGGAAUUCUAGUGGUAAUCCUUCCACUAAGAAAUCGUAUAUGCUACUCUUUUGUAUUUCUUCUCGCACGUGUGUUUCUGAGGACCAUGUGGAUUAAAGAUGAUGCACAUAGACGAGGGUGUGCGGCAUAAAGUUGCAGGAUGGUACAGUCUUCAUCAAGAAAGGUUUUGAGUAAAGUUGCAGGAUGGACCAUGAAGAUCAGUUUUUGAGUUUAAGAAUGACGAGGGUGUGCAUCCCAUCAAAGACACAUGAUGAACGUGUUUGCUCAAGUUCUUGAGUAAUUAUGACAAUUGUAACUUUAGGCAAUGUAUUAAUACGUUUACAUGUGCACGAAUUGUAUUAUUAUAACUUAUUAUUAUGUACUAAAUUCUUAUUUAAAGUUGUUUAGCAUUUGUGCAUGAAUUAAAAAAUUGUUUGUGUUAGUGUGCUCGGUUGAUUCAGCAAAACAGGUGCAUAAUUGUUAUAGUUGAU